AUGACUGGUAGUGAUGUUAUACCUAUUUGGUUAGAUUGUGAUCCUGGGCACGAUGAUGCAGUUGCCAUAUUGCUAAGUUGUUUUCAUCCUAGUAUUCGUCUCUUAGGUAUAUCUGCAUCCUAUGGGAAUGCUUCUCCUAAACAUACCUUAUUCAAUACGCUUUCCUUGUUAACGGCAUUCGGAAAGCACAAUGAGAUCCCUGUUUACAAAGGAGCUCAAUUUCCUUGGGUCAGGGAUGUAGAAUAUGCUCCGGAUAUUCAUGGUGAGUCUGGGUUAGAUGGGACUACUUUGUUGCCAACUCCAAAGGUGUCUGUUGCGGAUGGUGACUAUCUAGAAGCCAUGGAGAAGGCUAUCUUGGAGAAUGAAGGAAACAUCAGUUUGGUCUCUACGGGUACUAUGACGUCAGUUGCUACAUUGUUUAAAGAAAAGCCUUAUUUAAAACAACACGUGAAAUACAUCUCCAUCAUGGGUGGCGGGAUAAGUGUUGGUAAUCGUAACGAUAAUAAUUCUGCCGAGUUCAACAUUUGGGCAGAUCCAGAUGCUGCAAACUUCGUUUUCCAGGAUGAUGAGCUCAAUUACAAAUGUAUUCUAUCUCCGUUGGAUUUAACCCAUAAAUGUAUUGCAACCACGAAAGUUGAUCAGACAAUUUUAGCAGAUGGUAAUUCUAAGUUAAGGAAACUUUUCUACGAGCUUUUCCUGUUUUUUACAAAAACUUACAAGAAUGUUCAAGGUUUUGAGUCAGGUCCUCCAGUGCAUGACCCAGUAACUCUAAUGCCAUUACUGUUGUUUUAUGGUCAAGUGGACAAUGAACAACUGAAGUUUUCUUUCAAGAGAUAUUCUUUGACUGUUGAUCUCGAUACUAGCAGUCCUGAUUGCGGCCGCACAAUUGUUGUAGAAGAGCAUGAUGUAGACUCGACUAAAGGUGUAAUUGUUGGGCUCGAAAUGAAUGUUGAUUUCUUCUGGGAACAAAUAUUUGAUGCUCUCUCUGCCGCUGAUGAUUAUGAGGACUCGCUAUAA